AUGGACGCAGACCGCAAAUCGACCGUCUCAUCGUUCUAUGGGGGUCGUAAGACCUCGUACGAUGCCCUGGCCGCCGACUUUCCCUCCCCCACACCCGGUCGUGAUGACGCUUCAUCGUUUUUUGGGCGGGAGAGUAUUGACCCACUCGCUGGACCGCCAAAGGGUGCUCUGAGGAGCGCUGGGUACAACCAAGGCUCGUUCUCUCAACAAGGACGGCCGGAACCGCUCAAAGGAGGAAGAGAUGAAGAGGAGGAGCUUGGUGGUGGGCAAGGCUGGGAUGUCUAUGCCGACUUCAAUAACGCUGGGCCGAGGUAUAGCAGUGCGUUUGGCAUGGGCGGAGAUCCGAAUGCGUAUCAAUCGCUACCUGGCAAUGGCACUCCCAAGGCAGAAGAUGCAUCGACAACGAGCGGCCCAGUGGAAAUGGUGACAGUACCCGCGAUGGGCGCAGAGUGGGGCAAGGACGAGAUGCACGGGAUGACAAAAGCCGGAAAGCGAGAACGCAAGGCCGAGGAGCGGACUCGUAUAUGGCGCGACUGGACCCGUGGCAACAAGGGCGGGAAAUGGCUCACAAAGAGGGUCAUUGUCUUCGUUGCAUUCAUUGUCAUCGCAAUAAUCGCUGUCCUAAUUGGCGUCUGUUUGCCACGGGUACCGAGCUUCGCCCUCAGCAACAACAACCCUCUGGUCAGCGCAAGUGGCCAGUUCGCCAGUGAUGUUCCAACUGCGUUCUCCCGUGUCCCUGCCAACUUCAGUUUCCCUGCGUUUGCGAAUCUGCAAGUCGACACCAACAGCAAUAAUCUCCCGUUGCGCUUCCAGCAUCUGAGAGCGAAGUUGUAUGACCUCGACUCUGGUUUCCUAAUCGCAACUGGGGAUUUGGGUCAUCGGACGCUGAAGGCGAACGAAUUCGUGAAUGUACAAUUGCCGCUGAACUUUUCGUAUGUGGCGACGAACGACUCGGACACGACCUGGCUGAAUUGGUACAACGGGUGCAAGAACAAGGUGCAGUUCGCCGACGGAAAGAGGCCAGUUGUGAAGUUCAAUCUUGUGCUCAACAUGGCCAUUGCUGGUUUGGUUGGGACCUAUGGGUCGUCCACGACAGUCAACGGUGCAGCCUGCCCUAUUGAGCUACCUACAAGCAGCGUAUGA